AUGAGCUCGUCUUCUGUCGACAGCUUAGAGGGGGAACCGCGGUACGUAUUGGAAGACGUGCACAUCGCCACCCUUGUAUGUCCUUUUUGUGAGAAGCGUUUCACCGGAAACCGGAGCUACAGCGGCAUAUGCAGCAACUACCGUCGACAUCUUCUUAUCCAUACCCAUGAACGUCCGUACAAGUGCCGUUAUUGCGGUGCGGGAUUCACCACGAAACCUAACAUGCGACGGCAUAUUCGUUUUGUACAUCCGCUGAUGGUUGACUCCACCUACGCCUCAAAAGAUGUAGAUCACUCAUCCGUCGUUGUUUCUCCUCGCACUAUGGAGAGCGCGAAGGAAGGUGGUAUUGAGGUGCGUAAUGAACUGUACAACUCAUUUUUGGUGGAUGGAGAGGACAUUCCGUGCCCGGAGUCAUUGGUUCAAAAAACGAUGGAGCAACCUUUCAGUAUGCUAGGAACUUCAUUGAAUCCAUAUUCCAGUCAACCGACAUUGGCUAAUCUCGGCCCAAAGUAUCUUUCUCCACCCGAAGACAAAAAUAAUGUAGAGACUUGCCAUUAUUGUGGCCGGUGUUUUUCUUGGCUCAUGAUUAGACUACUACACGAACGAAGAUGCUCCCGGCGCAAAGGUCUGCUAGCUGCCAAGAUUGAAAAUGCGACUGAACACACUUCUUUUCCAAACCAACCACCAGUUUCUGUAGAUUCACAGAGUAUUGAUAGCAAAGUAGCGCACUGCCCAACUUCUAUGGGCAGCACACCUUCCGAUCUUCUGUCUAAAUCCUCACCGCUGGACACUAUACCCAAACCGAUAUUUGUUUGCAAAGAUUGCGAACUGGAGGUGAGCAGUCGCUCAAAAUUGAGGCGGCAUCAGCAAUAUUAUUGUCCUUUUCGUGAUGAUGCUCACGCAGAUCUCCUCACUGACGUUCUUGUUGAUGGUGAUGAUGCUGGCAGGAUUAAUCCUGGUAUGGUAGGAAGUAACCGCAAAGUGGAGUUCACAUACGCACACCAACUGACUGAGAGUGUUGGUUUGAAAUUUAUCAAUAAUGCUAACAUAUCGUCUUCAUCGAGUGAAAGUAACAUGUAUGAAGAAAGGUAUGGCCUUGCCUUACCAGAAGAAAUGGAUGAGGAUAAUGGGGAGGGGAAAAGUGGUGAAGAUGAGUUUAUCUGGGCGUAUGUAAGUAGUGUCGAUACUUCAAGCUCUGUUUCUUUAAACUGUGUGCCUGAAGGCCGAUCUUCUCCCAAAAGGGCUAAGGAGGAUACUGGGAUUGAGCACCAGAGGGACUAUGGGGAUCUUUUAGAUGAUUGUUUACACCUUGAUUUUAAAAGACGACGAGGUGGGAACAAACGAGCGCGUAGAAUACUCCUUAAACGGAUGCGUGCAAAACAAGUACAGUUACAAGUGGAUGAUCGAAAAGCUACAUGGGUAAGCGAAAAUAGUCGAAGUUAUUUGAUUGGCGGUGGAAAGGUUGACUUUGCCCAGCCAGGUACUCCCACAGAAUCCUGUGAAUGCCAUCAGAAUGAUUGUCCUACCGCAUUUAACAUGUCUACACAUAUAUUUCCUUCUGUUAGCACAUCUUUGAGGAGCUCAAAAAAAAAGAGGAGGGUUGUUAGUUCCAACGGCGGAGAACUGCGACGCUAUGGUAGUGAAGAUGUUAAUAAAAGCCGAGAUGACAAUGUUUUUGGGAUGAAAUGGAGCUUAGGGCUUAGGAGUCGGGCAGAGGCGUUAGCAAAUUCUACAUUGAAAAGAGUGACACACCAUUCAUAUGUGUGCCCCUUCGACGGAUGUCUUGGGCGUUUCAGUAGGCAAAAGUACUGGCUUGCGCAUGCAGCGCGGUGUCAUCCAGUUGAGUGGGUUCAGUACCAAAAAAGACUCCGAACUGAGGAAGAAAGAACAAGGGAUAGAGGAUAG